CUUUCGGAGUUUCCCGCGCGCGCUGAGGCGGCUCCGGGAGGAGCCAUGGAAUUCCCCCAGUCCCGCUUCCAAUCCCGGCUGGAAUUCUGCCCCGAGUGCGGCUCCGUCCUGCCCCGGCCCGGCGCCCCCGGCUGCGUCCGCUGCCCCCGCUGCCACUUCAGCAUCCAGUGCUCAGAUUUCGAGGGCAGCACCGUCCGGACUUUUCUGGAAUUCAGCUCGGGCCGGGCCGGGGGGGGGAGGGGCGCGGCCGCCGCCCCCCAGGGGGGCCCCACGGUGGAGCGGCGCUGUCCCCGCUGUGGGAACGAGGGGAUGAGUUACCGCACGCGUCAGAUGCGCUCGGCCGACGAGGGCCAGACGGUUUUCUACAGCUGCCCCCGCUGCGGGUUUCAGGAGAAGGAAGAUUCCUGAAAAAUUCCCGAUUUUUGGACUCUUCCGGCUCUUCCCGAGGAAUAAAAGCGACCCCCGCUGGA